AUGGCUUUGGCUGCUAGAGCUACCCGCCAGGCCCUCCGGGCCGCAAAGGCCCCGUCCUCUCGCACAGCCGCUGGAUCGGCCAGAUUCUACUCGGCGUCGGCCGAGUCGGAGCUGAAAAGCGUGUUGAAGGAGGUCAUCCCGGCCAAGCGCGCGCUCCUCAAGCAGCUGAAGGAGCACGGCGAGGACAAGAUCGGCGACGUCACCGUGUCCAAUGUCAUCGGCGGCAUGCGAGGCCUCAAGGCCAUGGUGUGGGAGGGCUCCGUGCUGGACCCCAACGAGGGCAUCCGCUUCCACGGCCGCACCAUCAAGGACUGCCAGAAGGAGCUCCCCAAGGGCACCACGGGCACCGAGAUGCUCCCCGAAGCCAUGUUCUGGCUGCUGCUCACCGGCCAGGUGCCCACGACGCCGCAGAUCCGCGCGUUCUCGCGCGAGCUGGCGGAGAAAUCGCACCUGCCGCAGCACAUCCUGGAGAUGAUCAAGGCGUUCCCGCGCGACAUGCACCCGAUGACGCAGCUGUCGGUGGCCGUGGCGGCGCUCAACACGGAGUCGCAGUUCGCGCGAAAGUACGCCGAGGGCAUGAACAAGGCCGACUACUGGGAGCCGACGUUCGACGACAGCAUCGCGCUGCUGGCCAAGAUCCCGCGCGUGGCGGCGCUGGUCUUCCGGCCGGACGAGGUCGACACGGUCGGCACGCAGGCGCUCGACAGCGCGCAGGACUGGGCGUACAACUUCGCGGUGCUGCUCGGCAAAGGCGGGCGCGAGCACGAGAGCUUCCACGACGUGCUGCGGCUGUACCUGGCACUGCACGGCGACCACGAGGGCGGCAACGUGUCGGCGCACGCCACGCACCUGGUGGGCAGCGCGCUCAGCGACCCGUUCCUCAGCUACUCCGCGGGGCUGCUGGGGCUGGCGGGCCCGCUGCACGGGCUGGCCGCGCAGGAGGUGCUGCGGUGGAUCCUGAACAUGCGCGCGGAGGUCGGCGAUCGCUUCUCCGACCAGGACGUCAAGGACUACCUCUGGCGCACGCUCAAGUCGGGCCAGGUCGUGCCGGGCUACGGCCACGGCGUGCUGCGCAAGCCCGACCCGCGCUUCGAGGCCCUGAUGGACUUCGCCAGCACCCGCCCCGAGAUCAUGCGCAACCCGGUCUUCCAGCUGGUCAAGAAGAACUCCGAGAUCGCCCCGGGCGUGCUCACCGAGCACGGCAAGACCAAGAACCCGCACCCCAACGUCGACGCCGCGUCCGGCGUGCUCUUCCACCACUACGGCUUCCAGGAGCCGCUGUACUACACGGUGACCUUCGGCGUCAGCCGCGCGCUGGGCCCGCUGGCGCAGCUGAUCUGGAGCCGCGCGCUCGGGCUGCCCAUCGAGCGCCCCAAGAGCAUCAACAUGCAGGGUCUGCUUGAUCUGACGAAGAAGAAUUAA